AUGGAGACCGCCCAAAGAGCCGCCAAAAAAGCCGCCCAAGGCCAACACAUCUACGUCUACAACAACUUCCGCACAAAUCAAGUCGUCUACUCGCUAACGCGGUCCAUAAACAACAACGACGCCCUCUCCCAACUGACCUACACGGGCAAAAACUCCGUCCCUCGCGCCAUCCGUAAAGACCUCUGGCGCCCCCUGUACACCAUCUCCUUCCCCACGCCCCUGCAGGGCCUCUCCGCCUACCGCAAACUGCGCGAAUUCCGGCGCCUGCACGAGACCACCUGGACGCUCGACGACGUCGCCGCGCGCCGGCAGCACGUCCUCCUCGGGCCCGGGAAGAAGCUCAGGAACAAGGACAAGGAGGAGGAAGAUGGCGAGGACUGGUGGCGGGACAUCGAGAGGAAGCCCGGGAAGAAGGAGAGGAAGAUGAUGCUGAUGGAUCAGAAGGCGAACAGUAUUGCGGAUCUUGCGGCUGUGCUGUUUGCGCAGGAGAGGCAGGGGGUAGAGCGGGAGGAGGGGCUGGUGAAGAGGACGGAGGAGGAGGCGAAGAGGCAGAAGGAGAGGUGGGGGAGGUUGGAGGAGCUCGCGAAGCGCGCGAAGGAUGGGGAGGUGGGGAAGCUGGAUGAGCAGAUCAAGACGUUGGAGGCGAAAUUAGCGGCGGAGAAAGAGGCAGUGUCGGAUGAGCCGGCGAAGAAGGCGGAGAGCAAGGAGCCGCGAUUGAAGCCAGAGGGAGCGGAAGAGCCGGAGUUGAAGCGGCUGCGACGGCAGAAGCACGAGCUCCUGCACGCCAAAAACCAAGUCGAGAAGCGCGCAAAGGGCGAAAUCCCAGACACAGCGGGCCCAGACGUCGUAGGCAUCAAGAUCGAGAAGAAGGCCCCCUGGCCCCCACCAAAAUACGGUCCCCUGCGGAAACAAGCGCUAAAGAAGGAACCGUAUCUACCAAAAACCGAAGGCGUGAAGAUCCAAUGGGCAAACAUCAUAGACGCCGAGUUUGCAAAGAGCUGGCCCUCUGCUGUCGCGCAUGAGAUUAUGGGCUACUUCAGGCAUCAGGCGCCAGAUGCGGAUCCGAAAAACGCGAAGCCGAAGGCGAAGGUGAGCCGUGGUGUACGGAUGGAGGUGAUGGAAGAGGUGAAGGAAGCAGAGGCAGCUGCAGCUGAGCAAGAUCAGUUAGGCAUGGCUGAAGAGGGGGCUGAGGAGCGUGAAUCGUUCCUAUUCCUUGUCGCCAUCUUUGAGAGCGGCAGAACUUCCAUGCUGUGUUAUACGUUCAACGCCCUAUCUUCGCCCACAACAUUCCUCCACUUCGCCGAGAAGCACAUCAAAUUCAGCGUCCAGACGAUAGGCGCGUGUGCUACGAAGUAG